GUCAACGUCAAUUCUAACCAAACAAGCCUCUACUGUCCAGUGUCCAUCAACAAUAUCGCAAUUCACCUUACAUUUUCUUAUUUGUGAAUCAGGCAAAUAUUAAUUAAAUUCAUAUAUAUUAGAAAAAAUAUAUCAAUAAAAUGAAUAUAACAUCCGCAGCAGGGGUGAUCUCUCUGUUGGAAGAGCCUCGUCCUGAGCUUAAGGUAUUUGCUUUGAAGAAACUUGAUACUAUAGUAGAUGAAUUUUGGCCUGAAAUUUCUGAAGCCAUUGAAAAAAUCGAAAUAUUGCAUGAAGACAAAGUUUUCCAACAACAUCAGCUAGCUGCCCUAGUUGCAAGUAAAGUUUAUUAUCAUUUGGGAUCAUUUGAGGACUCAUUAACUUAUGCCCUUGGAGCUGGGGAUCUUUUUGAUGUUAAUGCCAGGACAGAAUAUGUUGAAACACUCCUUGCCAAGUGUAUUGAUUAUUACACUCAGCAGAGAAUUGCUCUUGCUGAAGGCUCUCCAGAUGCCAAGUCUAUUGACCCAAGAUUAGAAGCAAUUGUCAAUAGAAUGUUCCAAAGAUGUUUGGAUGAUGGACAGAAUCGUCAAGCGAUGGGUCUAGCUUUAGAAACUAGAAGAAUGGAUAUAUUCAAUGCAUCCAUUACCCAAGCAGAAGAUAUUACUAGCAUGCUAAGUUAUGCUUUUCAGGUUGUGAUGAGCCUUAUUCAGAAUAGAGGAUUUAGAAACACAGUAUUGAGAUCUUUAGUAGGGUUAUAUAGAGGACUUCCAAAUCCAGAUUACGUUAAUAUGUGUCAAUGUCUCAUAUUUCUUGAAGAUCCUCUCUCUGUAGCUGAAGUUCUAGACAAAUUGGUUCAGGCCGAGGAAGAAAGUCAAUUGAUGGCAUAUCAGAUUGCCUUCGAUUUAUAUGAAUCAGCCACCCAACAAUUUUUAGAACAAGUAUUAACUGCUCUUAGAACAACAGCACCUAUUCCAACUCUUUUGGAAGAAAAGUUCAAACCUAAAGUUGUUGAUGUAGUUCCACAACAGGCAACGGUUUUGACUGACGCAGAAGAAAUUACACCUGAAGUUAAGGAGGAAAAAUCAUUAGAAAAUUUGAGUGAUAAUGAAAAGGAACAUCAAAAUAGAAUCGAAAAACUACAUACUAUUCUGUCUGGUGAAGUAUCUAUUGAAUUACACUUGCAAUUUUUAAUCCGAUCCAAUCAUGCUGAUCUACUCAUAUUGAAACAAACAAAGGAGACUGUCAGGGUUAGCAUCUGUCACACUGCAACUGUUAUAGCUAAUGCAUUUAUGCACAGUGGAACAACUAGUGAUCAGUUUUUGAGAGAUAAUCUUGAAUGGUUAGCUCGUGCCACUAACUGGGCAAAACUCACAGCUACAGCUUCGUUAGGUGUUAUCCACAGAGGUCAUGAACAGGAAGCCCUUACACUAAUGCAAAGUUACUUACCAAAGGAAGUUGGCCCUAGUUCUGGAUACUCUGAGGGUGGUGGACUGUAUGCCCUAGGUCUGAUCCAUGCAAACCAUGGUAACAAUAUAAUCGAAUAUCUUCUCACUCAACUGAAAGAUGCUCAGAAUGAGAUGGUAAAGCAUGGAGGAUGCCUAGGACUAGGUCUAGCAGCUAUGGGUACACACAGGUACGAUCUGUACGAACAGCUAAAAUUCAAUUUAUAUCAAGAUGAUGCUUGUACUGGAGAGGCAGCUGGUAUAGCCAUGGGUAUGGUUAUGUUGGGCUCCAAAAAUGCCUCAGCAAUUGAGGAUAUGGUUGGGUAUGCACAAGAAAGUCAGCAUGAAAAGAUUUUACGUGGUCUUGCUGUGGGUAUAGCUUUCACAAUGUAUGGUCGACUUGAAGAAGCUGAUCCUCUUAUUCAACAACUUAUGUCUGAUAAAGACCCAAUUCUUAGAAGGUCAGGCAUGUAUACCAUUGCAAUGGCCUACUGUGGAACGGGACACAACAAAGCUAUCAGGAAAUUGCUUCAUGUAGCGGUAUCCGACGUCAACGAUGAUGUACGCAGAGCUGCCGUUACGGCCUUAGGUUUUCUUCUGUUCAGAACUCCGGAACAAUGUCCAAGUGUAGUAUCUUUGCUGGCAGAGAGCUACAACCCGCAUGUACGUUACGGUGCAGCCAUGGCCCUCGGUAUCGCCUGCGCCGGCACCGGUCUGAGGGAGGCUAUCGCCCUUCUUGAACCCAUGAUGAUUUUCGAUUCUGUCAAUUUCGUUCGACAGGGUGCCCUCAUCGCCUCCGCCAUGAUUCUCAUCCAGCAAACCGAACAAACUUGUCCCAAGGUGUCGUUCUUCAGGAAGACUUACGCUAAAGUAAUUUCGAACAAGCACGAGGAUGUCAUGGCCAAAUUUGGUGCUAUCCUGGCGCAAGGUAUCAUCGAUGCCGGUGGCAGAAACGUGACACUUUCACUACAAUCUAGAACAGGUCACACCAACAUGUUGGCAGUUGUUGGAACCCUUGUGUUCACUCAAUACUGGUACUGGUUCCCCCUUUCACACUGCCUUGCCCUGGCCUUCACCCCUACUUGCGUAAUCGCUCUGAACGCUCAACUUAAGAUGCCCAAAUUGGAGCUCCGUUCGAACGCCAAACCAAGCACGUACGCUUAUCCAGCUCCACUGGAGGAGAAGAAACGCGAAGAAAGGGAAAAAGUCACAACCGCCGUAUUGAGUAUAGCUGCUAGGCAAAAAAGGAGAGGUCACGAGAAGAAAGACCGCGAGGAGAAGAUGGAAGUUGAUGAAGAAAAGGAUGAGAAAAAAGGGGAGUCGUCAAAGGCAGAGUCUAAAAAAGAAACCGAUAAGAAAACGGAUGCUAAAAAAGGUGAGGACGAUAAAGCCAGCGAUGACAAAAAAAGCGCAGAAAAACCCGAGAAGAAAGAUGAGAAGGAUGAGAAGAAAAAAGAGGUCGAACCCAGUUUCGAAAUUCUGAGCAAUCCGGCUAGGGCUAUGAGGCAGCAGCUCAAAGUGAUGUCCUUGAAUGAGGGUAGUCCUUAUGUGCCACUGAAAGAUGUCGCCAUCGGUGGCAUCAUCAUGGUCCGUAGUUUGAAACCUGAUGAUGAGGAGUUGGUUGAGCCUGUAGUCGCUUGUGGACCGAAACCCGACGAUGACAAAGAGCCCGACCCACCAGAGCCAUUCGAAUGGAUCGAAAACUGAAGCUCAGAAGUAGAAUUAUAUUCGUCGUGAAAUGAUCAUGAUCUUAUCGAAAUAUGUCCUUACUUUUGUACUGAUACAAUGACAUAUUUGAUUUAUUGUAAUCUUUGAUUUUUGUUCUAAUAAUUAAAUAAAUAUAUCAAAUUA